AUGGCUGAGCACUUUAAGGAGGCAAUCACGUGUGUUGGCUGCCGGGAGGACCUGGUGCGGCCGGUGCUGUUCAAGUGCGGCUACGUGUGCUGCAUCCACUGCAUGCACAACAAGCAGAGCGAGGACAACGGCACCUUCCAGUGCCCGGGCUGUGCGUGUGUGUUGCUGCCGAAGGAGAUCGUGCCCUACUGCCAGCUGGACGAGCUGGUGGCAGCCACCCGGGACCUGCAGCCGCAACUGGAGAAGCUGCUGCUCAUGAACCCGUGCGUGAGGAAGUUUCACGAGGAUGUGACCCUGGAUGCCUCCACGGCUGCCCCCAGCCUCUUUAUUUCUGAAGACCUGAAGACGGUCCGCUGCCGCUCUCUCAGAAAGAUGAGUAGGACCAGCUCAGAGGGCCCGAAGCAUUACUUCUCCGUCCUGGGCUCCCCAGCCUUUAGCUCUGGCCGUCAUUACUGGGUGGUGGACGUGGGCAGCUGUGCGGGCUGGGAGGUGGGGGUGUGCCAGGAAUCGGCCCGGCUGAGAGGAAGGACCACGCGUUCCACCCGGGCUGGCUUCUGGACCGUGGGCCUGAGGGCCGGGAAGUACCAGGCCUGCACGCUGCCACCCACAGAGCUCCGUGUGAACCAUGGCCUGCACUGGAUUGGGAUCUUCCUGGAGAUCGAGUUCCGCAGGAUUUCUUUUUUCAACCUAAGCAACAAGUACCACAUUUUCACAUUCACUGAGAUACCCAUGGGGGAGCUGGUGCGCCCGUUCUUUGCACUGGUCAAUGAGACGAGGGAUCCCAACAACAUCCUGAGAAUCUGCCCAAAGCCCACACCAGGCCCGCUGGGUCUUGCUGAGGCAGCAGCUGGCCUGGACAACUGA